ACAGCUCUGGCCAUGGCUUCCUCCAUGAUGUUUGAAGAUCUGACCCCAGAUUUCUCCUGCCCAGUAUGCCUGGAGUACUUCUCGGAGCCGGUCACCCUCCCGUGUGGGCACCUGUACUGUCAGGCUUGCAUUGAGGCGGCAUGGGCGACCUGCGACAGCAGGCCCACCUGUCCCCAGUGCCGGGAGCCAUUUCCGGAGAAGACUUACGUUCCCUGCAAACUCCUGGGGACCUUGAUUCACCGCAUCCAGGGACUGUCUUCCAGGGAGGCUGAGGAGGGGCGCUGCAGUGAAGCCGACCGCAGAGUAUCCAAACUGCCCCGGGAUCGUGUCCAACUCCCUGUCCGCGAGGCUAUGAAGGGCUACAAGGAGGAGCUAUCUUUGGCUGUUUCUCAGAUGCAGUCUCACUUCAGCCAGCUUGACAUGCUUCGGAAGGAAGAAAAAGAGACGCUCCAGAACCAUCAGGCAAUUAUGCUCAGUCUGGCAGACCAUAUCUCCACCAACUUCAGGCAGCUCCACCACUUCCUCUAUGUUCAUGAGAUGGCAUGCAAGGCAAGGUUGGAGAAGCAAGGUGGAGCUGUACUCCAGGAGACAGAAGAGAGACUGAGGAUGCUGAAGAAGGCUAGCCAGGUGUGCCAGGAACUGCUGUUGGAAGCCCAGGGUCACCUGGAGCUGGCAGACUCUGCAGAGUUCCUAACGGGAAUCCACUCUCUCCUGAAGAGGACGAAGCAGCAACUAGCCGCUCCUGCUGUUCCCGUUGCACCACCCGUGUCAUGGAUCCUUGAACAAUUCAAGGGGGCUCUUCAGUACGUGGCCUGGAGAGAAAUGAGAUCUUUUCUCAACAUAGAUUUUCCCCAGAUAACCUUGGAUCCUGAAACAGCUCACCCUUGUCUGGUCCUUUCGGAUGACUAUAGGUGUGUCCGAGACGGCCACCUCCGUCGGGAUGUCCCAGACACGCCGAUGCGCUUCAACUACUGUGUGGCAGUGUUGGGUUGUCAGGGCUUCUCCUCCGGAAAACAUUACUGGGAGGUGGAAGUUGGCAACAAGCCCUCUUGGACCUUAGGCCUGGUGAGCACUUCCAUCAACCGUAAGGGGAAAAUCUCUGCCUCCCCUGGCAAUGGGUACUGGGUAAUCCGGCUGCGGAAUGGGAUGGAGUUAACAGCCAAGGACACCCCUCCUCAAAGGCUGUGCCCCAUCGCCUUUCCCAAGAGAGUUGGGGUUUAUUUGGACUAUAAUGCGGGGAUAGCGUCUUUCUAUGAUGCUUCCACCAUGGUUCAUCUCUACACAUUUUCUAAUCCCAGAUUCACAGGGAGGCUGUUCCCCUAUUUUUGCCCAGGACUGUACAAUUCAGGGGAGAAUGCGACUCCCUUAAAAAUAUGCCGCAUUCCACUUUUGUAGCAGAAAACAAAAAGGUGGCCCAUUCUCUUGUUCCAUUCUCAACUUGUGCAGCAGGUGGCACAUUUGUGUCUUCAGGAGAAUACUCUGGAUAUCUUCAUCCUUCUCAGACUUCUCAAAAUUCUAGUGACUCUCCUUCCAUUACAAAAGAACUGUUCUUUAUUCAGUUAUCCCUGGUUAAGCCUCUGGAGGAUCUACAAGAGGAAACCUACUGCAGUAAAAAUCCCAGUGAGACAGAAGACUGUCCAAAAAUUAUCAACCAGUGCAGUAAGUUGUGGACAGGUGUGCAAAGCCCUUUAAGAGAGGAACAAAAAAAAAAAAAAAAAAAAGAGAUUGGCUUAACAUCUUGGGACCCAGAGACUUUUCCAGUGGCAGCCACUCUGAGAAGUCAGAAGUCAUUCCUGAAGCUCUGCCUUGGCUCCUGCACCUCACUCACUCUGAUUCCAGCAGGUGCCACUGCCAUCUGUCCCCCCAAAAUGGACCUCAGACUCUGCCAAUGGGUAGGAAAGACCUUGAGGAACCUUCUCCAAGCAGCUCCUCACUCCCCAGGCCCCACCAGCCAGAAGAAGCCAAAUCCAGUCCUUGAGGAGGUGGCACUCCAAGAAGGCCUCCUGGUCCUACGAUAAACCCCAGUCGGUUGCUCCUAGCCAAUGUUGGGGUAAC